CCACCGCUCCACCACUCGCGCACCCAUCACAGACCAACCAACCCACUCCCCUCUAUCGAGCCCUCAUCGCCACAAGCAACGCAGCGCUGGCUCGCUAGCCAGUGUGUCCCCCUUCCGCGCGCGCACGACCGCCACACACUGACUGAUACCACUUGCUCGAACGCUUCUUCGCCGAGGUGAACCGAGGAGACGGAGAUGGCCGGGACGGGGGUGUUCGCGGACAUCCUGGACGGGGAGGUCUACAAGUACUACGCCGACGGGGAGUGGCGCGCGUCCGGCUCCGGCAAGUCCGUCGCCAUCGUCAACCCCACCACGCGCCAGACGCAGUACAGGGUCCAAGCAUGCACGCAGGAGGAGGUGAACAAGGUGAUGGAGGGGGCCAAGGUGGCGCAGAAGGCGUGGGCGCGAACGCCGCUGUGGAAGCGCGCGGAGCUCCUCCACAAGGCGGCCGCCAUCCUCAAGGAGCACAAGGCCCCCAUCGCCGAGUGCCUCGUCAAGGAGAUCGCCAAGCCGGCCAAGGAUGCUGUCACUGAGGUGGUGCGGUCCGGGGAUUUGGUGUCGUACACAGCUGAGGAGGGUGUCCGGAUACUGGGGGAGGGCAAGCUUCUUGUGUCUGAUAGCUUCCCUGGUAAUGAGCGGAACAAGUACUGUUUGAGCUCCAAGGUACCUCUUGGAAUAGUCUUGGCGAUCCCACCAUUUAACUACCCCGUCAACUUAGCGGUUUCUAAAAUUGGCCCCGCACUGAUUGCUGGCAAUGCUCUUGUCCUCAAGCCUCCAACUCAGUGCUUACUAUGCAAUCAGGGUGCAGUGGCAGCCCUUCAUAUGGUACACUGCUUUCACCUGGCUGGUUUCCCAAAAGGAUUGAUCAGUUGUGUCACGGGGAAAGGUUCUGAAAUAGGUGAUUUUCUUACGAUGCAUCCUGGAGUCAACUGCAUCAGUUUCACGGGAGGUGAUACUGGUAUAGCCAUUUCAAAGAAGGCUGGGAUGGUACCGCUUCAGAUGGAGCUUGGAGGAAAAGAUGCUUGCAUUGUGCUAGAGGACGCAGAUCUCGAUCUCGUUGCAGCAAACAUAGUAAAAGGAGGCUUCUCUUACAGUGGCCAGAGGUGCACUGCUGUCAAAGUGGUGCUGAUCAUGGAAACGGUGGCCGAUACUGUGGUGGAGAAGGUCAAUGCCAAGUUGGCAAAGCUGAAAGUUGGCCCACCUGAGGAUAACUGCGAUAUCACCCCGGUCGUAACAGAAUCCUCAGCAAAUUUUAUUGAGGGUUUGGUCAUGGAUGCAAAGGAGAAGGGAGCAACUUUUUGCCAAGAGUACAGGAGAGAAGGUAACCUUAUCUGGCCGUUGCUGCUGGAUCAUGUCCGGCCUGACAUGAGGAUUGCUUGGGAGGAGCCUUUUGGCCCUGUCUUGCCCGUGAUUAGGAUCAACUCGGUCGAGGAAGGCAUCCACCAUUGCAACGCCAGCAACUUUGGGCUACAGGGAUGUGUGUUCACAAGAGACAUCAACAAGGCAAUCAUGAUAAGUGAUGCAAUGGAGAGUGGAACUGUACAGAUCAACUCUGCCCCAGCCCGGGGACCUGACCAUUUUCCCUUCCAGGGUCUAAAGGACAGUGGGAUAGGAUCCCAGGGGAUAACUAACAGCAUAAACAUGAUGACCAAGGUGAAAAGCACUGUCAUAAACCUGCCAUCUCCGUCUUACACCAUGGGCUGAGACAUUCAUGUACAGAGUCAGAUGUUCUAUAACCACAUGAGUACAAUGUAGAGAAUUUAAAUGUUUUGUAACCACGUGAGAUCUCUAUAUGUAUGCUUCUGCAUGUACCUUGGCUGUUUUACAGUAAAGAAUAAAAGACAAUGAGAGCAAACACUUUUUUUGCUUCUA